GAGUGCAGCUGAGCUGAGCAGAGCAUCAUCACAGCCCGCAUUCAAGGUAACAGCAGAACACAGCACUUUUUUGACUUUCCACACUGUUCCAGCCUCCGUCCAGCACAAGACUUUAACAAGAAGGAGCAGACAUUUUGGAUGUGGGUGUCUAUUGAAGCCGCUGGUUUACUGUGAGCAGCUGGGAAUCUCUGCCCAGUCAAGGGAGACCCCCCUCAAUUGUUUCCUGCGCCAAUAACUGUAAAGAGAUGGUCGUUACUCCGCAGCUGUGAUGAACAGCGAACAGUGAGUGUGAAGACGUGUCAGAGGAUGCUUCUGAUCUGCAGGGCCCAGUGCUGAGGGAGGUCCACAGAGACAGAGACAACUGGCCAGUGCCCACAAUGUCUUACCACCAACACUAUCAGCGAGGCCCCCAUGGCCGGACCAUGAGCUCUGAGGAGCGGUGCACCAUGGCAGUCAAGACCGCCACACCUGUUCACAAGAGCGCCUCCUCCUCUUCUUCAUCCCAGCGCGACAGCCGGCAGGAAGGAGACAGCUGGGAAAUCAUUGAAGGGUUGAAAAUUGGACAGAGCAAUGUCCAGAGGCCUGAUAAACAUGAGGGUUUUAUGUUGAAGAAGCGGAAAUGGCCACUGAAAGGCUGGCACAAGCGCUUUUUUGUUCUGGACAAUGGUAUCCUGAAGUACUCAAAGUCCCCCAUUGAUCUCCAGAAAGGCAAAGUGCAUGGCAGCAUUGACGUUGGCCUCUCAGUCAUGUCUAUAAAAAAGCGGGCUCGUCGUAUCGACCUGGACACAGAGGAGCAUAUCUAUCACCUAAAGGUAAAAUCUCAAGAAAUCUUUGACGCCUGGGUAUCAAAGUUGCGUCAUCACCGGCUUUACAGGCAGAAUGAGAUUGUACGAUCGCCCCGUGAUGCCACCAUGCGAACAUUUCCUCCCCCAGCUGCCAUGGAGUCUACCCAACCAGCUGCAAGUGUGGUUCAUGAAGCAAAGCAGGCCAAGCCAAGCAGCUUGCCAUGGCAGCCGGUGACCCCCAGCAACAAUAGCAACAGCAGCCUGCCUGCCUCCUACAGUAACGGCCAGAGCAAGGUAGUUGCCUGGCUGCAGGAAUCAGAGGAGAUGGACAAAUGUGCAGAGGAGCUUGCACGGUGCCAGUCCAACCUGACUGAGCUGAGUCGGUUAUUGCAGAGUCUGGAGAUUCUACAAAGGACACAGUCAGCACCAAACUUCACAGAUAUGCAGAGUGUAGAAUUGUCAAAGAAAGAAAAACGCUUGAACAGAAGAUGGAGAACAAAAAGCGUCGGCAAAGACGCAAAAUUCCAGCUCCAGGUCCCUCUGUCUGCCAGUAUGUCCCCUGUCCGCCUCCACUCAUCCAACCCCAACCUAUGUGCUGAGCUGGUGGACUUUCAGCCUCCUGUCUCCCGGCUGACGGACAGUGUAGAGUGUGCCAGCGACUACUUUAAACUUCAGGAAGAAUUCUGCACCAUCGCCCAGAAAGUCCACUCUCUGUUGAAGUCGGCCUUCAACACUGUGGCCAUAGAGAAAGAAAAGAUCAAGCAGAUUCUGUCUGACCAGGAACAGUCUGACCAGUCAACUCAAAUCUACUCUCUCAGGAAGUCUCUGACACAGGCCCUGUCCCAAAAUGCAGAACUUCGGACUCGACUCAACCGCAUCCACUCUGAAUCUGUCUUGACUGAACAAGUUGUCAGUGUGAACAUCAUUUCCACGCCUGAUGAGGCCGGGGAACAGAUGGGGAUCCCUCUGACUCAGCAGGCUUCUAAUGAGAGCCGACUCUCCAUGUCCGAGUCUGUCUCUGAGUUCUUUGAUGCCCAGGAAGUGCUUCUGUCAGCCAGCUCGUCAGAGAAUGAGGGCUCUGACGAUGAGUCAUAUGUCAGCGAUGUGAGCGAUAACAUAUCGGAGGACAACGCCAGUGUGACCGAUAAUGUCUCCAGACAAAUGGCCAACGGAGACUUCGCUGGCUGUGCUUUCCGCAACGGGCGACGCACCUGCCUGUCGGCGCCGUGUCCCGACACCACCAACAUCAACCUCUGGAACAUCCUGAGAAACAACAUCGGCAAGGACCUGUCCAAAGUGUCCAUGCCAGUGGAGCUCAACGAGCCCCUCAACACCCUGCAGCGUAUGUGUGAAGAGCUGGAGUACAGCGAGCUGCUGGACAAAGCUGCGGAGACCGAGGAUCCGUUUGAACGCAUGGCUCUUGUUGCCGCUUUCGCCAUCUCAGGCUACUCAUCUACGUACUACAGAGCAGGAAGUAAGCCAUUCAACCCACUACUCGGAGAGACGUAUGAAUGUAUUCGGGAAGACAAAGGCUUCUGUUUUUUCUCCGAACAGGUGAGCCACCACCCACCCAUCUCCGCCUGUCACUGUGAGUCUAAGAACUUCACCUUCUGGCAAGAUGUGAGAUGGAAAAACAAAUUCUGGGGGAAAUCUAUGGAGAUUUUACCAAUAGGUUCCGUUAAUCUAAUGAUUCCCAGGUUCGGAGAUCACUAUGAGUGGAACAAAGUCACCACCUGUGUACACAACAUCCUCAGUGGAAGACGGUGGAUCGAACAUUACGGCGAGAUCACCAUCAGAAACACAAAGAGCAGCGCCUGUCUCUGCAAACUCACCUUUGUCAAGGGAAACUACUGGAGUUCUAAUGUGAACGAGGUUCAAGGAUUCGUGAUGGAUCAAGAAGGGAAAGUGGUCCACAGGCUUUUUGGAAAAUGGCACGAGGGUCUUUACUGCGGUGUCCCACCUUCUGCCAAAUGCAUCUGGAGGCCAGGCUCUAUGCCCACAGACUAUGAGCUGUACUACGGCUUCACCAGGUUCGCCAUUGAACUGAACGAGCUCUGCCCCGAGUUGAAAGAUGUCUUGCCACGUACAGACGCACGAUUCAGGCCCGAUCAAAGACAUCUCGAAGAAGGGAACUUGGAGAUGGCCUCCUCGGAGAAGCAGCGUAUCGAGGACAUGCAGAGAACGAGGAGAAAGUGGAACGAGGAGAACAACAUCAAGCAGGAGCCGCGCUUCUUCAGGAAAAUGGUUGAUGCCAAUCACAGGGAGAGGUGGGUUUCCAACAACGUGUACUGGGAGCUCCGCAAAAACCCGGGCUUCAUCAACAUGGAAUCCACAGUGAACCUGUGGUAGCGACUGUCAUCGCUUUGUCAUCACAGACAAGAAAACUGUCACCUAUGCACAAUAAGGUGUUGAAGAGAAACUUGCAAAAACAUUUGUGUGCAUGAACAGACGUGGCUGCAGAGCUGGAGGAUGGAGAUGGCCUAAGACUGAGUCACCCUGUUGAGGUUCUGCAGCACCAUGCGCGUGCGCAGUCAUCCAUCCAUCCAUCCAUGGAAACAUCCUGCAGGAUCAAUUUCAUUGUGCUUCUCCAAGCUCCGAGCGAGUUGUCAGGGCAGCAUUUUUAACACUCCCGUGUAGAUCUUUCCUCAGCUCCUUCCGUCUUCUGAGUCUGUCCUUGCCUUAAAAUGACGUGUCACGCGAAUCUAGCGAAUUUUUAGUUCAAGCCAUUUGAUUUCCGACAGCCAUUUGCAUUAGACUAGUCUAUGAAGUAGACAUUUUGGUUUACUUACAAUAGUGUGCAUGUUUAGAAAGCAGCUUUCACUGGCAUAAAGCCGUAUUUACUGUAUCAUUAAUUAUUGUAGAAAAAAAGAGAGGUAUUUUUAUAAAAUAUCUUCGACUUAGAGAGGAAGUACUAUGUGAAAUGGCAGAUUUGAUUUAUUCUUGCCUUUUUAAUACUAUCGAGUCUGUGUGAUAGCAGUACCAUCUCUUCGGAAGCCCCCGCCCCCCCAACUAGGCCGAGCUUCCCUUCAAUCACCUGUCCUUGCCCUCUGCCGCUUCACUCUCUAAUUAUAAAUACCAUGACAUGAAACUGCCUCCUCUUGAUCACAUGGUCACACAAAUACACAUCUGUCACUCCCACGCGUGUGUCAUUCAAGUGUGUCCUUGGAUUUGUGACGCAGGUAAACGUUUCAAACGUGACGAGCGACGACGUUCCAAUCAUCGUCACAUUGAGGGUCUGAGUUGGUGCGGGAGGUUGUACAGUUGUGCUUUACAUAGAGAGCCCGACAGUGACACACGAGCAGAGCGGCCACAUAUUUCCAUUACGAGACCAAACACUCAUUUAUUGGGCAUCAUUCCACAGAGCUAUAGAGCCUUAUUUUACAUUAAAAGCAUUCAAUCAAUUAUCUUCCGUCAAAAAUCAACAACAAAUGACCAUCACGGUUUGGCAAAGCAAUAUGUGGGCGUACACAUCCAUAUUCUGACCAACCACCACAAACAUGUUCACCGUUAAUGUAGUAAUACAUUUCCUCUGAUAAGUUAUGUCAGCAAUCAUGAGUCAUUCAUCUGUAUAGUUUUGAAACACCAGAGACACCUACAGGCCGUCCUGUGAAACUACAGCUUGAGGAUGCUGACGGUCAGAUUGUAUAGUAACAACUCUACUGUACCAGCUUUAAAGAUUAUUAUUAAAUGCUUAUGACUCGACUACUAUGAUGUGGUUCUCAGAAAAAAGCACCACUUACUUAUUCGAAGAUUCUAUAUUUAUUGCAAAUCAGAUCAGCUUUAACACCCGAGUGUUUUUUUUGUGGAAGAAAACAUAAAAGAGUUGUACAGUGAAAACAUAUAUAAGCAGUCACUUAUACGGGAGCAUUUUUAUACGAUGGUUCCCUUUGUUCAUGGCAGCAGUGACAACCCUGAUAGCGAGAAUAAACUAAAUAUGUAGAAAGAAAACUAUGUGAAGCUAAUCCAUCCUGUGUGCACCGUUCACAUGGCACUGUGGAGGUUAUGAACCAAAAAUAUCUACUGCUUUGCAUCCAUAUUAUUUAUUUUCUUUCCUUAACUGUGUGUGCUUUUAAUUUGAUCCCAGACGACAAAAUUAAUGCUCCCGCUCGUCAGCGCCAGUCCCACUUGCUGUGCCUUAACGCAUUUAUUAUUAAUGCCUCACAAACACACACUUCUGAUGAGAAUCCACGCGCCAAGAAAGAAGGUAUGCCGUCAGUAAGUGAAACUUGAGUCUCCACCUGCCUGCAGACGAUCAGCGACGCUGAGGAGUACGCUGUGACAAAGUCGAUUCUGAGUGAAAUGUCGUCAGUGUGAUAAGAUUUAAAAAAAAGAUGAUCCGACUGUACAGCGCUUGCAGUGUUCAAAUGUGUUCUGAACAGCUCCACACCCACAACAUGCAAUCAAUCAAUCAUUGUAAAUACAGAACAUUUAAAAAAAGGAUGGGUCAACUACAAAAGCAGAUUCAUAUUUUUCCUCAUAUGUCAGUGAUUUGUUGUUUUUUUUGUUUUUUUUUAAACAAGAUUGAAUCCCAGCAGUUUUGAUUGGAAGCAGGAGCGAUGCUUUGCAUAGCGUUUGGUAUUGAAGAGUCAGACCACGGUGGAAAAUUAAUUACAUGCUUUCUUUGUCCAUUACUUGACCUGCAUGUAUCAACAACUUAGCCUGCCAAUUGAAUGUUGCAGAUGCCUUAUUUUAAAAAAAACAACAAAAAAACGUGUUUUUUCGAAUUGGAUUGUCAUGUUUUUGUUUGUUUUAUGUAUCACAGAUUUCUUUAAAGUCACCCCCCCCCCCCCCAGACACACCUUCUAAAGUGCAAUUUUAACAAAGUACAUAUCUUUCCAUACACACUGUACACUGCUGCUACAUAGUGCUUGUUCUAAUAAAACGGUAAAACGUA